AUGGCUUCAUUAAACGCCGGAGUUAAUGAAUGGCACAGGGCUGCGGCUGCUCCCCGAGUCCCCAACGAGAGUCUCUCCCGCGACCAGCGUGACACUAACGGGAGUCCUCAGCCGCCUUCCCCGGGAGACGCCCCCGUACAGACGGUGGACUGCCCAGCCGUGCACUGCCGUCCCCUCGGAUGCCCCUGGCCGGACUCCUACCGCCCCUCGACGCACCGCCCCUCGACGCCGCGCUGCCCGGGCGGGCCCCGUGCCCUUGCUGGGGCUGCUGGGGUCCCUUCGCCGGCGGUGACUCCCCCCUGGGAUGGGGAGCGGCGGUCCCGACAGUCGCACAGCGAGUCCCCGCACCUCGGAGACGGCGGCCAGCACGACGGCGGCCCCCAGCCCCCCACCAUGAACACCAUCGUCUUCAGCAAGCUCAGCGGCCAGGUGCUUUUCGAGGAGGACGCCAAGGAGCGGGAGCGGAGCGGCCGGCCCUACGUGGGGGUGGUGGAGGGCCCACACCACGCCGAGGUGCUGCUCCCCGACAGCCCGUCCAUCAAGGAGAGCCUCAGCCUGCGCAACCGGCGGACAGGGGCGCGGCAGAGCGGCGGGAAGGUGCGGCACAAGCGGCAGGCGCUGCAGGACAUGGCGCGGCCACUCAAGCAGUGGCUCUACAAGCACCGCGACAACCCAUACCCCACCAAGACCGAGAAGAUUCUGCUGGCCCUCGGCUCCCAGAUGACCCUGGUGCAGGUAUCAAACUGGUUUGCCAAUGCAAGACGUCGCCUGAAGAACACUGUCAGGCAACCAGACCUUAGCUGGGCUUUACGAAUAAAACUGUACAACAAAUAUGUUCAAGGAAAUGCUGAACGACUCAGCGUGAGCAGCGAUGACUCAUGCUCUGAAGAUGGAGAAAAUCCUCCAAGAAACCAUAUGAAUGAAGGGGGAUAUAACAAACCAGUUCAUCACGCUGUGAUUAAAACUGAAAGUUCAGUAAUAAAAACAGGAGUGAGACCAGAAACAAGUGCCAAUGAGGAUUACGUGUCACCUCCCAAAUACAAAAGCAGCUUAUUGAAUCGUUACCUAAAUGACUCACUGAGACAUGUCAUGGCUACUAAUGCAGCUAUGAUGGAAAAAACAAGGCAAAGGAAUCACUCCGGCUCAUUUAGUUCCAAUGAAUUUGAGGAAGAACUGGUGUCUCCAUCAUCAUCAGAGACAGAAGGCAAUUUUGUCUAUCGGACAGGCAGUGGCUUUGGAGAUGCCUCGCAUUUUGUCAUGUGAUUGGACUGCUGAUGAAGUUUCUAUGCUGCCUCAUUUUCCUGGAUUCCAUCUGAAUUAACUCUUCUUUGGGUCACAGCCGUUAGCACACUUCUGAAUGAGUGGGGCUUUGCAUCAUAGUGUAAUGAGCUCUAAUACUUAAUCUCUGUAAGGAAACAGCCUGUAAAGAAGGAAUUCACUGCAUUUGUUCCACGUGACAGAAAUCUGUUUUUUGUACCUCCAGCUGUCCACAUUGAAAACACAUUCCUUCUUCACAGCAAUAUUCCUUCCUGAAACAAGGGAGAAUGAGGGGAAAUGACUUGUAUAUAAUCGUUCCAUCUAAAAACAAUCAGCUUAGUCUUGUAAACACAUAAACUAGUUCUUUGUAAACAAGUCUCUUAAUUUUCUUUAAACUGAGUAUUUAGAUGUUAAAGAGGAAAGCUGGGUACAUCAAACACAUAUGGUUCCUAUUGCAUCAGAGGCUUUUUUAAUUUUGGUAUUCUAAUUGAAGAGACAUUUUUGAAAGCAUGCUAACUUUACAGAAACUAAUCUAUCCAACUCUGUCAGGUCUAGGUUUUAUUCUUCCAUCCAUCACAACACUCUGGAAACAUUUUCCACUUUAAAUGUGCAGCAGCAACAACAUCCCUUGUGGACUUUGAACUGCCCUCAAUAUUUCCAGUGGGUGGUGUGGAAGCAUGGUUUGCAGUUGCUGAUGUUGGGGAAUUGACCGGGGCUUAAAGGGGAGAGAAUUAGGAGGAGGCAUCAGGGAAGGAAUGGAAGUAGGGAUUAUAAUUUAUUCAUGAAUUUUUGCUUUAUUCCUGGACACAAAAUGCUCUAAGGUAAGUAAUAUUUUUAACUGGACAAGACUUCUGUACGCAUCAGAGAAAUACUGUAUGUCUGCUAAACUAUUCUAAAAUUUCAUUAAACAACUACUUCCCUUGGGUAAAGCAAAAUUUCAGUUUGGCAUCGAGUAUGUAUUAAUUUUCCCUUCUACAAAAAAUGGGCAGAAAACUGUUAAAUUUACAUUUCAGGUAGGUACAUUUGAAAUAGAAAACAUGUUUAUAUCUUAGGCACUGCAUUACGGUUUCUUCUCCUGUGGGCUUCCACUGCAGGUGUGUACUCAGCAGACAGCUGAGCAAUGAACCUGUGCUUGCAGGUUUUGGUGGGGUGGGAUGUCUUGUAGAGCUGAGUUGGAACCCCUUCUAUAGCACCGCCCUGAGCCCUUUGCUGGGCUCUGAGCUGCUGCAAUGAGUGCAUUUGCCACUCAGAUUUGCCACUGACUCUGGUCUGAAUUCUGUAUCAAUCCAUCUUUCCCAAGCAUAGAGAAUAUUUAACAAUAAAUUGUCUUUUUAUUUUUCAUCUAUGAACAUGUACAAUAUAAAGUCCACAAAGGUCAUAGAGGUAAAUUUAUUUAUUAAAUGGAAAUACUUGGGCCCAAAAACCAUUAUGAAUCAUUUUGGUGUUUUAAGUUCAGGAUGCAGAGUACAUUAUUCCAAAAAUAAUGGUAGCCAAAUGUCAUUCCCUCCAAACAUUUGUGUAAUAUCUAUUUAUCUGUGGGCAGAUGACUGCUAUGUAUAAUCAGAGGCAGACUUUUGUCAAAUUGAGGCUAAGUAAACACAGCUGAACACAAGCAAGUUGGACUACAAUUUUUUGAGUUUUGCCAGCGCUGUUAUGACCUUGAAAAUGAAUGUUUCUUCAGAGCAAUCUGCUUUCAAUAUAGGAGAAUUUUUAGUGUUUCAAAUUAACAAGUGUUGAUUGAAAAUUUGUUCUGUUUAAUUUUAAUAUUUUUUUGUCCAAAUAAAUGAAAAGUGUGUAUUUGUCUGAAGGAGGGCAUCCUUUCUGCUGCUUAGAAAGUAGAGAUGUUUUGUACAGAAAUAUUUUUUGCUUGUGUCUGUGACAUGAACAACAGUUAGAGCUGUGAACUCAGCUGAAACUUCAUUAUAUAAUCAGAGAAAAUUUUCUGUUGUUUCCUUGAAACUUAAAUGCUUUUUUUUUUUAAUGUUCUGUGCAAGUGAAUGUAGCUUAGUCUCCUUCUAAACAUUUUCUAGAGACCCUGUUUUUCUCUGAGAUACAAAGAGGAACAAGUCUGAUUUUAUUGCAAAACAGGACUACAAUUUAAACCUUAGUUUUAACAUGCGGAUUUUCUGCUUUUACAAUACCAGUUAUUUGAACAGAGAACAUUUUGCUCCCUUGAUUUUAAAGAUCACAGCAUUUGGAGCUUGGAGAGGCUUUGGAGAGAAUUCAGAUAGGAGUCCUGACCAAAAAUUUGUCUUUCAGUAAUUACAGAAACUGAGUCUCAUCCAUUGCCAAUAUCUGUGUUUCAAGGCGAUUCUUUCAAAGGGAUUCUUUUUUUUCAUUUUAAGUGCCGUAUAGAAACCAGCUUACACACCAAACUCACGGGUAGGACACGUGCAAAGCGUUGUGGCCAGGAGGAACUUUCCCAAAGUCCUUGUGCCUCAUAUUCACAAGUCAUAACUUCCCAAUCUGCCUUUUUUGGGGGCAGCAAUUACUGUUUUCAAAUUUCUGACCAAUUCUUACAGCAGCAACAGUUUAAUGCCAGCAGCCAAACAUACACAUCACCUUGUAUUUGAUGGGUUACUACAGUGUGACUUUGACUUUGCAAGCCAAGUGCCAUCCCAACAGGUAGUCUUGGAUGUUUUUUGAAACAGCAUCGACAAAGUCUCUUCUUGCUUCAGUUUUCUCUUCCCCUGUCAUAAUAGCAAAAGAAAAAUGAGGAUCCGGGUGGAAAUGGGGAGGAAGUAGAAAAGGAGAUGAUAGAAAAGAAGAUAACAUGACUGAGAAGUUAUUUUGAUUGAGAAUUACAAUCAGUGGAUGUGGCUAUCCUUUCCUAUAUAUUCCUAUACUUUAUUCUCUCUACUGAAAUGCAGACUUCAGAAAUAAAGCAGGAGGUGCUCCCAGGCCUAUCUGAGCAAUAUGGCUUCUUAAUAUUAAACAAAGUCAUCUGAAAAAGGCCUUGAUGCCAGGGUUUUUAGACUCUUUGUUGUUUCUUUUGGGCAGCUUCUUCUUGGAAUCUAAGGGUACAGAUACUCAUAGUGUCAGUGUCCUGCUUUGUUUUCUGGGAUAUCUGCUUCACCACAAAUGCUAAUGAGACCGCCAGAGUGGUCCUCUGGGUGUUCGAAGGGUGCAAGACAAGUACUGAUUGCAAGCUUAGGACCAUCAGGCAGAACUUUCCUUGAGUUAUAACAGCUUGUGGCAGCCAGUUGUGUUUGAGGUGUGAGAGAAAGGCAGAAGCCUCACUGAAGAUGAGGCUAAGAGUGGUCAGCAGCCUUCAGGGUGCAUUGAGCAGCUCUCAAGAUACUCCUACCUGAGGUGGUAGUUGUCUAGGAAGUGCUAUCCAGACAGUAUUUUAUAAAGAAAUACUGAACUUGCACUUGCAGUAUGGCUGAUAGUGUCUGCCAGCACUAGCCCAGCCCUGCCUGCAGGGUGGGGGAACCACUCCCACUGGUGAUCUGGGGGGCUAGUUUUGCCAACACCUUACUAGUUUGUUCCUCUGAAGUAAAACAGUUGGUGACAGCCAACUAAGUUGGUUGUGUCAGUUCUUUGUGCAUCCUGACCAUCAUCUACAGCGUUUGCUGGUGGUGGCUGUUUGCCCAUUGUUGGAAAAGGAGAGUGGGCAGGAAUGCAGGCCCUGUCUGCCUGUGGGAUUUGCUGUGUCUGCUUUGCAGGCCCUUUGCAGAUCUUCAUAAACUUCACAAACUGUGAUGUAUAGCCUUUGGCUCUACGGCAAAGCUUUGGCUCACGGGCAAAAAUGAAAAGUAAAAGUUCUUGCAAAAUGAAAGAAAAAGCUUUUGUUGUUAUAAAAGUGGAAACAGAAGUGCUACUAAUAAUAGCAGCAAGUUAAUUAGAGAACAUGCAACAAUUCACAGAGCUUAAAGCCUUUAUGUGGUAGCUGCCUGGCUUGUGUGGCUCCUGAAAGUCCUUCUCUUAUCCUCCAUCCAAAAGCUCAAAGUCUAGAGUUAAACUGUGUUGGAGACACCAAAGGAACUCUCUUUUUCUACCAUAGUUAUUUCCUAAAAAACCUGAAUGUUCUCUACGUCUGGAACCAUGUCUUCCUGUCUCAUUGGUUUUCUCUGUAAAAGUGGAAAUUCAGGAUCUUAAUUCUUAAAAGGGAAGUGAGGAUGGAAGGCUAUCUGUACAAAUACAUGUUUGUUGCAGAUGCUGCUUACCCUUAGGAAAGUAUCUGAGCAGGUCAGGGAAGAUGCAUAAACAAAUUCCAGAAGUGUGAAUUACUCUGAGAUAACAUUAAUUUGAUUGCUUCUUGAACAGAAAGUCCACAAUGAUUUCCAACUGCAGCUGAAUAAGAAAUUGCAUUCUGUGAAUGCAGGUAUUUUCCAUACUUUUAUUCACAUAUAUGUAGUUCAGGUUCCCCUGAUUGCAAGCCCUGCUGGGUGAAGGGAUUUUUUAUUUAUGGUAACAGGAGAGAAGACUAGUUAUUUAUACAUGCUGGUAAAGCUUCUGAGUUGUUUUUGAUGUACAGAGCUUCCAAACUAAUAAAAAUUCAUUUUUUUUGAAGUAUGUCAGUUGAUUUAACCAUAAAUACCAUAUGGCUUUACCAUAAAUAUGCAUAUGUGUUUUAAGUCUGAUAUAGCAAACUGUUGCAAGAGAGAAUUCCCUGACAGAAAUCUCUUGGCUUCCA